UAUCUUCUUCAGCUUCCUCUUUCAACUGCUAAAAGGAUCUUGUUACUUUGGGUCUAAUAAAUGGUUGAGUCAACCAUGUCAAAGGCAAUGAUGGAGGAAGUAAUGGCUACUUGGUCAAAUGAGUCAGAGGAUGACCUUGUGAGAGAGCUAAUAGAUGAAGAGUCUUCUCUUCUUAUGCUGCAAGAGGAGGCAACAACUGAACCCAACACAAAUGCUUCUUUAAGUGACCAAGCUUUUAAUAGGUUCAUCUCCAAUAUUAACUCAGGGCCUACCAUCACAGAUAUUGAAAAUGCUUUAUCAGUCACCAAACAAAGAGAGCACUUCCAACAGCUCUCAUCAACAAGAGUUUCCAUAUUGGAAAGAGGUUUGAGCAAGAUUGAAAAUAAGUAUACACUGAAAAUCAAAUGCUUUGGCAAUGGAAUGGGUGAUGAUGGAUAUAAGUGGAGGAAGUAUGGACAGAAAUCCAUUAAGAAUAGCUCAAAUCCUAGGAGUUACUAUAGGUGCACCAACCCAAGGUGCAGUGCCAAGAAGCAGGUUGAGAGAUCCAAUGAAGACCCAGACACUCUUAUCAUCACAUAUGAAGGGCUCCACUUGCACUUUGCUUACCCUUACUUUCUCAAUGGCCAACCAGACCAAUCUCAUUCCCAUUCCCAUCAACCAAUCAAGAAGUCCAAGCCUACCUCUUCACAAGGCCAAGCCCAAGACCAUAAAGAACAACAUGUUCAUGAAGGCCUGAAUACUCAAGAAGCCCAAGAAGAAGCUCCUCUGGGCCUUGUAUCAUCCACUUUACUUGACACUCCACAAGAUAUGGCCCACGAAAAUUUGGGCUCCCAAGGGCUGCUUGAAGACAUGGUGCCAUUCAUGGUUAGGAACCCCACAAACAAUACCAAUAGUGCUUACUCGAAGUUUUCUUGUUCUUCGUACGGUUCUUCUCCAACAUUACCUCCUAUGUGGACUUCUGGUUAUUCUACCUCCUGUUAUACCAUUGGCUUAAAUUCCAGCACUUAG